GGUCGUACUUCAACAAUUCUAUGUAUUACUACUACCACUAACUGGGGGUCGUACUUCAACACUUAUGCUUCCCGAAAACAUUCUUCAGUUCCUGGGAAGUAAACAAUUAGUUACCAUUGUGGAAGUGUCGUCUCAAACUAAUUUUAAUCCCAAGGAGCUGAGCCUUCGAAAUGACAACAGCAGCACGGCCAACAUUUGAGCCUGCCAAGGGUGGCAUGGGUCGUGGAGAACGGGACUUGAGUGCUCUUUCAAAGCAGUAUUCUGCUCGAGAUUUGCCUUCUCACACACGACUUAAAUACAGAGAUCAUGGACAGGCCACAACUGAAGAACUUCGCAGCCGUGAUUUCCGUCGCGAGCUAGAAGAUCGCGAACGUGCUGCCAGAGAUAGUAAGCGCACUAGCAGUAGUGGGAGUGGGAGUGGCACCAGCAGCAGCAGCAGCAGUAGCAAUCAGAGAGAAUCUGGAUCACAGUCUUCAUCCUCUUCAUCAAAGAAACCAAGAUUGGAUCAGAUUGCACCUGCUAACCUUGAUGCUGAUGAUCCUCAGGAUGAAGAUGACGAUGCAUCUGACUCCGAUGACUCUGAUGAUGAAGCAGUGCUUUUUGCAGAACUGGAACGUAUUCGCCGCGAACGCACCGAGGAAGAAGCCAAGCGACAGCAAGAAAGGAAAGAGCAAGAAGAACGUAUUAGGAUGGAAAAUAUCAUAUCUGGAAAUCCUCUUUUGAACCUUGCAGCAGCACCAAAAACGGACAUGAAAGUCAAGAGAAGAUGGGAUGAUGAUGUGGUUUUUAAAAAUUGUGCAGCCUCAGAACCAGAUAAAUUGGAGAAGCCUUUCAUUAAUGAUUCAUUACGAUCAGAAUUUCACAAACGUUUUAUGGAAAAAUAUGUGAAGUAGUAGGUGUGAGUACAAUUUUUUUUUUUUUAUUAACCAAAAGGUACAUAGAUAAAACUGUAGUAAUUUCAAUAUACAUGACUUUCUCCAUAAAUACACAAAUGUACUCAUGUCCUAAAUAGGCCAGCCUCCCUCUGUAUCUCGUGACACAUUAGUAAUUCAUUUAUUCCAUAAGUGUUUUUGAACAUUUAAUUUUAAAUAACCAAUUUUUCUGCAAUUUGCUUAGUUGUCCAUAAAAAACAUUAAAACAGUUUUAGCCCUCUUUCAUACAUGUAAGUGCAAAGAAUGUCUUAUGAAAUCUAAGGGAGGCCCAAUAGGUUUAUAGGAAGUUGAGUUUGUAUACAAGUGUUAAAUAUAUUUUGGUUAAUGAGAAAUGAUAACAAAUUUUUGACCAAAACCUCUUAAAAUUUUAUGUGAAAGUCACUCUUGUAGUUAGUAGAAAUUCAGAAUAAGUUCAAAAUAAAUCUAUCCUUUUGUCU